CACACACUGAGAUGCAUGGAUGUCUCAUUGGUUUCAUGGCAAAAUUUGCGUGCUAAGCAUAAUUUUAAACUCCUCAUUUCAAGGCUUUGUUCAUCUUUUGUUAUACUCAUCAACAUGGUCCACUUUUCUUCCAUCACACAAUAUAAUGCUCAUCAUAUUCUCCUAAUCACUCCAGAUUCAUGAUUCAUUCACUCCCAAUCACCUACUAAUAAGUUAUAACCAUUUUUAUAUGUAUAAAUACAUCUAGAGAGAGAGAGAGAGAGAGAGAGAGAGAGAGAGAGAGAGAGAGAGAAUUAUAGAAGCCAUUUGACAUUUGAGCUUUGAUUAUUAAUUGGUCUCUCUGUCUCUUGGUCUUUAAAAGGGUACUAACCAGUAUUUAUUCUUUUGAUUUUCUUCUUAAAAGUUUGUUCAUUUCAUCAAUCUCAUGCAAAUCUUCAUCAAAAUCAGAUAAUUGGAAUUUGUGAGGAUAUAUAAUUCAAGCUCAUUGACUUAUUGCCUUGCAUCCUCCAUUUACAAGGUAUGGAUUUCAUGGAAACGAAACGACGAACCAACUUAACUAGGCAGCUUCUCGUGGUGGCCGGAGUCACUGCACUUCUCAUUCUCAUCAUCAAUUGGUCUAAUAGCACUUCAACUUCUCUCAAGUUCUCUCAGCACGAGCCUGGAGUCACACAUGUGCUAGUGACCGGAGGGGCGGGCUACAUAGGCUCCCACGCAGCUCUUCGCCUCCUAAAAGACUCAUACCGCGUGACUAUAGUGGAUAAUCUCUCCCGUGGCAACCUUGGCGCCGUUAAGGUCCUCCAGGCGCUCUACCCUGAGCCCGGGCGUCUCCAGUUCAUCUAUGCCGAUUUAGGAGAUGCAUCUGUGGUGGACAAAAUAUUCAAAGAGAAUGCAUUUGAUGCUGUGAUGCAUUUUGCUGCUGUGGCCUAUGUUGGCGAAAGCACGGCCGAGCCUCUGAGGUACUAUCACAACAUCACCUCAAACACCCUCGUGGUGGUGAAGGCUAUGGCGGCCCACGGAGUCAAGACUCUGAUCUAUUCGAGCACUUGCGCGACGUAUGGCGAGCCCGAGAAGAUGCCUAUUACGGAGGUUACUCCACAGGUACCUAUAAAUCCGUACGGGAAGGCCAAGAAGAUGGCGGAGGACAUGAUUUUGGACUACUCGAAGACCUCGGACAUGGCCGUGAUGAUCUUGAGGUACUUCAACGUGAUCGGGUCCGACCCCGAGGGGAGGCUCGGGGAGGCGCCUCGGCCCGAGCUGCGCGAGCAAGGGAGGAUCUCGGGCGCUUGCUUUGAUGCUGCUAGAGGCAUAAUCCCCGGCUUAAAGAUCAGAGGAAGUGACUACAACACAGCGGAUGGAACUUGUGUGAGGGACUACAUAGAUGUGAGUGACCUAAUAGACGCACACGUCAAGGCUCUGGCACAUGCCAACCCCAAGAAAGUCGGAAUCUACAAUGUUGGCACGGGAAAAGGUAGCUCGGUGAACGAGUUUGUGGCGGCUUGCAAGAGGGCGACGGGUGUGAACAUCAAGGUGGAGUACCUGAGCCGGAGGCCCGGGGACUACGCGGAGGUGUACAGCGAUCCUUCCAAGAUUUGGAACGACCUGGGAUGGAAGGCCAGGUACACGAAUCUUGAAGACAGUUUGUCGACUGCUUGGAGAUGGCAGAAGGCACACACCAAUGGCUACAACACUUGAACUUCAUGGCUUUUCCUUAUUGGAUUUGAGUCUCAUUUUUUGUGACCAAUCCAUGUUUUUGUGAAAGAGAGAAUGCAUGCUUUAUUGUGUGUUUCUCUCUACGAACAUGGUAUCACCGCAUGCGAAAAGAUUCUUUUUUUUUCAGUGUAUAAAAAAAAGCGAAGCGAUACGUGUGAAACUAUGCAUAAAAUUAUAUUGUACUAUUAUCAUAUUAUUGAAUGGAGAAAAGAAGAAAGAUUAUUUUUGAAUU